AUGGCAACUUUAUUCAAGAUUCAAACUUUCUUCAUCUUCUUUCUUGCAACACUUUUUUCCAUCAUCCCAUUUUCUAUCUCCGACCACCACCACCACCAUCACCACCACCAUCAUAUAACCACCACCCAACCACCGUCUCCAGAGGUGGUGGCGGUGGAAAUCUCACCGUCACAACCACCCACAUUCCCACCACAGAAUAAGUCAACAAGAUUGUAUUUAGUCAACACCACUCCAUCAUCAAGAAACAACCACCACACUCCAUUAGGCACAUGGACACUAUUACAAAAAAGUAUAGGAAUUUCGGCCAUGCACAUGCAACUUCUUCAUAACAACAAAGUAGUCAUAUUCGAUCGAACCGAUUUCGGUCCGUCGAAUUUAUCCCUCCCGUUCGGUUCACCGUGUCGUCUUAACGACGAAUACGUUCACCCCGAUUGCACGUCUCAUUCGGUCCUUUUCGACGUGGCGUCAAACACGUUUCGCCCACUUUACGUACAAACUGAUGUAUGGUGUUCUUCUGGUGCAGUUGACCCAUCUGGGACAUUAGUACAAACGGGUGGGUAUCAUGGUGGUGAUCAUAAGAUCCGAUUAUUCGCUCCAUGUAAUGAUCUUGACCCGUUUUGUGAUUGGGUCGAAUUGCAGAGGAAUUUAAGUGUUCAAAGAUGGUAUUCUUCUAAUCAUAUUUUACCUGAUGGAAAUGUUAUAAUUGUGGGUGGAAGAAGAGCUUAUAACUACGAGUUUUAUCCGAAAAACCCGGACGGAAUGUCGAGUUUGUUAAGUCUGUUUAAUUUCACUUUCUUGAUUGAAACUACUGAUUACCAAGAAGAAAACAAUCUUUACCCUUUUUUACAUUUAUUACCCGACGGUAAUUUGUUUGUUUUCGCAAACCAACGUUCUGUUUUACUGGAUUACGUGCAUGGCCGCGUAAUCCGAGAAUUUCCCCCGAUUCCGGGGGAAAAACGGUCCUACCCGUCAACCGGUUCAUCCGUUUUGCUCCCGAUUUCGCUUGGUGGGAGUCCAGAAGAUGUGGAAGUUAUGAUAUGUGGUGGGGCCCAAGGCGGGUCCUUUUCGAUGGCGGAAAGGGGGAUUUAUAUGGCGGCGGCUCGGAGUUGUGGGCGGAUGAAGUUAACCGAGCCGAACCCGGUUUGGGUUAUGGAGAAAAUGCCGCUGCGGCGCGUGAUGCCGGAUAUGAUAUUGUUACCGACUGGAGAUGUUUUGAUAAUAAACGGGGCGGCUCGAGGAACCGCGGGUUGGGAAAAUGCGAUUGAACCGGUAUUGAACCCGGUUUUGUAUGAGGUAAAAAAGAGAUUAUUUACUGUGCUUAGUCCAACCAGAAGACCAAGAAUGUAUCAUUCAGCAGCUACAUUACUGCCAGAUGGCAGGAUCUUAGUGGGUGGAAGUAACCCACACGUGUCAUACGUUUUUACUGGGGUAAAUUACACAACAGAUUUAACUUUGGAGUCUUUUUCACCACCUUAUUUGGACGAGCGUUAUGCGUAUUUUAGACCGACGAUCUUAACCGUUGAUUAUGGGCUUGAUGAGACGAUAUCUUACGGUCAGGAGUUUUCGUUGACUUUGACUAUGAGUUUGACUGGUUUGGAUAAAAGACUUAUGGUAUCAUUGGUUGCACCAUCAUUUACCACACACUCUUUUGCUAUGAAUCAAAGGGUGUUGUUUUUACACAUUGCUGACGUGGCACAGUUAUCAGUGUUUGGAUAUAGAGUUACUGUACGUGCACCCUCAUCUCCUAAUAUUGCACCCCCAGGUUACUAUAUGUUGUUCGUUGUACAUGAUGGUAUUCCUGGUCAAUCUGUUUGGGUCAAGUUGCUUUGACUCUUUUGUUUUUACCUUUUUUGAAUUCUUUGAUUAAAUG